AUGGCACAUAAAGCGAAUUGGCAUUUCAAUUCAAAACUUACGCGAGAUCCAAAAUGUGAAGAAGUACGAUGUCAGUAUGGUGCUAAGUGCCGACCAAAUAGUGGUGAGUGCGAGUGUCGUUCUUUUUGUAAUACAGCUGGUCCAGCAGUAUGUGGUACUGAUAAUGUGAGUUAUAUCAGUGAAUGUCACCUUGCCGUACGUUCUUGUCUUGCGCGUGCGGAAGAAAAAUCAGAAAUUAGAGUCAAACAAAUUGGUGCAUGUGGUAAGCCUUUGCUUUACAGUAUUUUUCGACUCCAUUGA